GUGCAAGCCGAAUGCAAGGGUUUGCCUCUUGCUCUUAAAGUGGUUGGAAGUUCUUUGUACGGGGAACCUCAUGUGGCCUGGGAGAAUGCAAAGAAAAAACUUUCCCAAGGGCAGUCCAUAUCCAUUUAUCACGAAGAAGGGCUUUUCAGAUGCCUGAAGACCAGUAUUGAUUGCUUGGAUGAUGCUUGGAGGGAAUGUUUCUUAGACACAGCCUCAUUUCCAGAGGACAAGAAAAUUUGUGCUGAUGCACUGCUCAACAUUUGGGUUUAUGUUCGGAAGAUGGAGUGGCAGGAUGCCUAUGUUAUGUUACAGGAACUUGCAAGAAGAAAUCUCCUCAGUCUAAUAAGCAAUCAAGGAAUCCAAUCAACAAUCUCGUACGGAUGUGCCUCUGAGCUGUUCUUUUCGCAGCAUGAUGUGAUGCGAGACUUAACCUUGUAUUUGGGAUUGCAGGACAGUAUAGUCCACAGAAAGAGGUUACUCAUGCCCAGGAAGGAGCAUUGCCUACCAGGGGAAUGGGAGUUGCUUAGAGAUAGACAGUUCAGUGCUCAAAUUGUAUCUAUUCACACAG